AUGGAUUCCAAAACUCCAGUUACUCUAGCUAAGGUUAUCAAGGUUCUAGGUAGAACCGGAUCUCGUGGUGGUGUCACUCAAGUUCGUGUUGAGUUCUUGGACGACACUUCCAGAACCAUUGUCAGAAACGUCAAGGGUCCAGUCAGAGAAAAUGACAUUUUGGUUUUGAUGGAAUCUGAACGUGAAGCUCGUCGUUUGCGUUAA